GAGUGAUAAAGGAUAUUGCAACUAGAUAUCGGCGCAGUUUCGCUUUGACUGAUAAAACAGCUACGCAAAUGGCUAGGGAGAUUCAGAAAAUUUAUGAUGAUCCAAAUUGUCCACUUAGCUGGCCAAAAGUUUUAAUUGUGAAUAAAGGAACCGAAUAUAUGGGUGAGUGUAGGGAUUUAUUUCUCAGACAUGAUGCUAUAGACUUACAUUUACCAUUGACUGAUAGAUCUAGGGAGUGGGUUGUCGACCUUCACAUUAAUGAUGAUAAAUAUAAUGAUUCCCUACAAACUGUCAAGCACAAAAGGCCCAUAGGUUACGAUGAACCCCUCCUAUCAUCUGAUGUUAAA